AUGAGUUGGCCUUUCUAUGUUGCAGGUGCCCUUAUGAUCCCUAAUAUUAUUGCUGAAAUGAUCCCACUCUGCCGCAAAAAAAUACCAGCUUCACCAUUUGUUUUUCUCAACAGUUUAAUAUUAAAUAUCGGCUUUGGAUUGCUUACAUCGCAUGUUACUGGUGAUGAAAUGCUUCAAUACGCAUCCUACAUAUGUCUUGCAGUAGGAAUAUUCUUCUUAGUUUUACCAUUUGAUUAUUGUUGUUGCAACACAUGGUUUGAUGGUUGUCAUUUUGCCGUUGGGAAAAUUUUUAAUGAAAGGAUUCCACGCCAGGAUUUUAUGAAACAGAUGUGUGGAAAUAGGGCUAUUCCUCCUGUGAUAAUUGUUAGUGCAAAAGCAUAUCAUGAAGAAACCAGAACAGAAUAUGAGACAGUUACCGAUUCUGAUGGGUCUACUCACACAGAAAUUAGAACAUAUACCGAUACAGUAGUUACAUGGCGAAAUUCUCAGCGAUUUCAAUAUAGAUCUUGGCAAGAAGAUUCGAAUUCAAUCCGUAUUAAAGAAACAGAUGUUGUUCAUGCCGUUUGUACAGUGAGAUAUCAUUUAGACGAGUCAGGUAAAGAAUUACUUCAUAAUUUUGAUAAAAAGAUGUACAAUGAAGCAUUAAGGCAUGAUAUUAAAGCUUCUACCAGUCGCAAAAUUCAAACACCGAACAUCAAGCAUAGCAUUACUGGAUAUGUUUGUCACGAUGAACCUUGCGAAACUAAAUUCUAUCAAAGCUGUAUUGGUCGCUUUCUUUGGAUCUUUUUCACUAUGAUAGGAUAUCAAUUAGCUUAUGAAUCCCGUUGGGCAUCAUCUGGUGAGAGAAUGCAUCUUAGACUCAUUAAACGAAUUUCAGGAACUGAAGGAAAAUAUCGCUGUAAAUAUAAUCAGGAUGAUAGAGUUGCCGCAGAAUCCACAUUUAGAAUAGAAAAUGAUGUGUCUGCAUUAAAUUCGCCAUUAAUUAUGUCAUAUGAUACACCAAAUAUGGAUCAAUCUUGGCUGAAAGAUGUACCAUUUACAUCACCAUAUCAAAAUCAAGCUGUUGAUCCUGCGCUUCAGCAAAGCACAACCCAAUCAUUAUAUGUUGCCCCACCUAGUAAUGUUGUAACAUUUUCUUCACAAUAUGAAAAUAAUGAAAAUGAAAUGUCAUUAAAGAAUGUAAAUACAUGA